GGUGGGUUGAGGGGGGCGGUAACUAUACGUCAGGAAGAGAUCCAUAGACCGGAAACUCUGCUGGUAGCAAAUUAGCUUGCUAUGUGAAUCUGCUGGAAAAAUAACUCAUUUUGGUCGUUUAAUCGUCGUUAACCAUGUCUGCAAGAAACCCGGGCAUGCCCCUUGACCUGCAGUGGGUGUCCAAGGUGCGGGUGAACACCCAGGCAGUGCUGAAGAGAGCUCAGCAGAUCCAAGGACACAACAAGAACAAGAAACAGUGGCAGGCGGCGUGGCUGCUGCGGGCGGUGACCUGUAUUGACCUGACGACCCUAGCUGGUGACGACACUCCCGGCAACGUCCACCGGCUGUGUAUGAAGGCUACCCAGCCUGUACGCAGCGACCUGCUGAAGAGCAUGGACAUGCAGGACAAAGGUGUGACCACUGCAGCAGUGUGCGUGUACCCGUCUCGUGUGGCUGAUGCUGUGAAGGCACUGAAAGCAGCCAACUCCAGCCUACCUGUCGCCUCAGUGGCGACAGGUUUCCCUGCAGGCCAGACCUCACUGAAGACCAGGCUGGAGGAGGUCCGUAUGGCUGUAGAGGAUGGAGCUAUGGAGAUCGAUAUAGUCAUUAACAGGACUCUGGCCCUCACUGGACAGUGGGAAGCCAUGUAUGAUGAGGUGUGUCAGUUCAGAGAGGCCUGUGGGGAGGCUCACAUGAAGUCCAUCCUGGCUAUAGGAGAGCUGGGGACCUACACCAAUGUCUACAAGGCUAGUCUGGUGGCUAUGAUGGCUGGGUCGGACUUCAUCAAGACGUCAACAGGGAAGGAGUCUGUCAACGCUACCUACCCUGUCGCCAUAGUGAUGGUCAGAGCCAUCCGGGACUACUUCCUGAAGACUGGACAUAAGGUUGGUUUUAAGCCUGCUGGUGGGAUCCGUACAGCCAAGGAGUCGUUGGUGUGGCUGACUCUGAUGAAGGAAGAGCUGGGAGACGAGUGGCUGAGCCCUCACCUCUUUAGACUGGGGGCUAGUAGUCUACUGGCUGACAUAGAGAGACAGAUCUACCAUUACGUGACUGGUCGCUACGCAGCCUAUCACCAGAUGCCCAUGGCCUGAAACCAUGGUUACCAUUUCCAAAGUGACCAAUCUGAAACCUCACCGAACCAGCCUAUCACUGUGCAGAUUGGUUCCUGGAAGAUAUGUCUGUAACUGUAUUUGUCAGGAAUAUGUUGAUUUGACCAGAUGACCAUGUCAAGUGAAGGGAAGAGAGCCUGCCAUUUUACUGUAUACAGUACUUCUGGGAUAUCUGCCAUUUUACUGUAUACAGUACUUCUGGGAUAUCUGCCAUUUUACUGUAUACAGUACUUCUGGGAUAUCUGCCAUUUUACUGUAUACAGUACUUCUGGGAUAUCUGCCAUUUUACUGUAUACAGUACUUCUGGGAUAGCUGCCAUUUUACUGUAUAUAGUACUUCUGGAAUAGCUGCCAUUUUACUGUAUACAGUACUUCUGGUAUAUCUGCCAUUUUACUGUAUACAGUACUUCUGGUAUAUCUGCCAUUUUACUGUAUACAGUACUUCUGGUAUAUCUGCCAUUUUACUGUAUACAGUACUUCUGGUACAUAUGCCAUUUUACUAUAUACAGGAUGUACAAUACUUCUGUAAUAUCUUACUCUUUGUGCCUUGAGACAGUUAGCCAGUAUUGUUUCAUCUAGUUCCCAUCCAAACAAUGUGAAACUAUGAUGCUGUAUGAAUUGAGUGUUGCUGAGUCAGUCUUAAUGAUCCAUUAAACUGUAGUUGUUUUGAGAGUACUAUAUUAUAGACAAUAUAAAGCUCUUAAUUCAGUUUUCCGUCUGUCUAUUACUGUUGUCGUUGUAAUGAAAGAUUGCCACCCAUUGUAAUCAUGUCUGUCUGGACAUUUUGUUGAAAAUGUUGAGGUGUGAUUAAAGACCAUCAAACAUUA